UUUUUGACAUGACUCGUCAUGUAGUGUUCCCGUCGUGGUACGACCGCCUUUUGGGGACGCAGAUGUCCGAUGGCGGCGUGCGGGGUGUCCUUGUGGCACACUCCGACGCUACCAUGUACGGACUCAAGUUCUCGGGAUCGAAAAAGCAGGCAUUGGUCACUGUGGAACAAGCCCUGCGCGCCAGACGCAUUCAACUCGACGGGUGCAGCAUCACAUUGGGAGAUCGUGGUACUGGCAUUCUACGCACUCUUCAAGGUCCGACGGACCUGUCGUCGUCGCCAUCGACUGCCGGCACGUGCAUGGUCGAGUGGACGACAGCCACCACGCCACCGUCGGAAGUGCCGUUUACAGACGUGUUGGACCAUGUCGUGGAUGCGUUCCUGGGAGUGUCCCUGCAGAAAACCUACGACUACGGAAUCACGUACACAUUGACAUUGGCCAAACCCAUUGUUUACCAAGGCGCCCUCCACUACCAAGCCAACUUUCACGAUGAAGACGAUGUAGACUUUCUGUCCAAGGAGUACGUGCUGCAGGCGUUGGAUCCAGAUGACAUGCGCGAAGUGGUGGUGCCCGUUGAAGACAUGAUGGCGCCACCUCCCGUCGACAGGCCGCCCAUCGUUCACGUGCGCUUCCAUAGCCAGAGCCUCCACAUGACCCUCGGCCAAACCACGGACGGCCCCAUAUCUCAGCGCCACGUGUGCGUGUACGAACUCCUCCCCACUGCCGACGGCUCGCAGGGCGAAGCGUCGGCUAGCGGUCUCGUGGAGAUCGGCGACAUGGUCGUCCGCAUCAACGGCACCUCUGUCGCAGGUUUCGACGUGCACCGUAUCGCAACAAUCAUCAGCCAAACCCCCCGGCCCAUUCAGCUGUCGUUCCAAAAGAAGCGCGACCCGGGGCGGUCGUUUCCGGAAACCAAAGGCCACAGUUGUGUCCUCCCCUUUGUCACACAUUCCACGUCGCCCCUCGAGCGCGCACUCGCCACGGCCAACGGCUGGUCCGCCCUCCUGCUCGACCUCCGGGAAGCCAUCGCCAGCGGCCACAACGUCGGCGUCGACGGCAGCGACGUUGUCUUCUCUACCGACGAGUCGACCCCCCCGGUCUUCCGCCUACCCGCGUCAACAUGCACGGGGUUCCGCAGCCGGGUCAAGUCGUCUGCCGACGCGGCGCCGCUGACGCUGGGGACAGUCGCCAUGUACGUCCGGCAUCGCCAUUUGAGCUACGCCGAGUACGCAAGGCGGUGCCGCGCCGCAGGUUCCGUCGGCGUCUUGUCCAUCGUCGACAUCAACGCACUGCUGCCGUUUCUAAACGGCCGCGACGACCCGCCUCGCCCCCCCCAGGCACUUGGUUCAAAUCAUCCCAUCCGCCCCCACAGCCCGGAUAAAGGCAGCACACGUACAAAAACGGGUGGACACGAGAGGAUUGUGAACAACGACGCUGCGAUGUCCCCCACAUCCAGCAAGCCCGUGGCCGCCGUCCCUGUGACGCCCACCAAAGGAGAAGGAGGUAUGAUUAGCAAGGGGUGUAGUAGUAGUAGUACUAGCAGUGACGACGACGAGUGCCUCGUCGUCCGCCCGCCCAAGAAACUGCGACACGGGUCGACCCUCGACGACCAGGCACAAACCAAGCCCUUGCAGCCCGUGUCACAGGCAUCAUCGUGUGACCGAGUGGUGACGCUGACCGUGCACGACCGAAACCUCGGGAUUUCCAUGAGCGAAGGCAAACCAUACCCGAUCGUGAAUGCAUUAACUCCGGGGGGACCCGUGGAAGCAUCGGGGCUCGUGGCCGUGGGCGCACAACUGACGCACGUCCGUACGACCCACGUCGCUCGGGCGACGGUCGUGGGCGUGGUGGACCUGAUCCGGAUCAUCCCCCGGCCAGCCACGUUCACGUUUAUUAACCCCCCGACGGUACUGCCGUCCACCCCGAAACCCCCGACCAAGCGGACUGUCAAGGGCCCUCGAAACCAAAGGUGAUUUUACGAACACUCAAACCAUGGGAGUUUAGAGUAACGUACUUACUGUCUAUAUGUAUAUACUGGUCAUUCAAGAUAACAUAAUACUGUAGCCAAAACAUA